AUGGAUCCCAAUACAAAGUAUCUAAUGUGCAAAUCUCACGAGGAGAACUUAGUGUCGAUAUAUUGUGAGGAUUGUGAGUGUCCAGUCUGUAUGACGUGUUUAACAACCUCCCAUCUACAACACAAAAUAUGCAAGGCGUCUACUUAUUUUCAGGAACGGCAUGCAGAACUGAUGGAAUCCUUGCAUGGAGAAAAUUCCCUGAUUGAAAAAAUGAAAAGUGAACUGCUUUGUAAGCGUAAAACCUUAGAAGAAAAGCAAACUAGACUUAUCGCGGAAAUUAGCAGCAGGGAAGACGCCAUUGUGGCAGAGGUGAGAAAUAUUGGGAAAAUAUUGAAGAAUACUGUAUCUGAUGCUUUUUCUGAAUGUAAAGAAAAAAUUCAAGAAAGUGAGAAAGAUAUAAGUAACUUUACAGACAUUCCUAAUUUUGACACAGAAUCGGAAACAAACUGUAUUAAAAUACUGCAAUGUCACAGCGAACUACGACGGCUUGAAGGGGAAAUAAAACUUCAUGACCCAGUGAAUGUUACAUUUGAAACUUUCCAGAGUUCUGGUGGAAAAAAAGUGGAUGAGCUAUUCGGAAACUUGGUAAUUCAACAAGAUUUAUCGAAAUCCUCUGAUGAAGACCGGCAAAUUGAUAGGAAAUCUCCGUUUCGUGAAGUAAGCGAAAGCAAAAUAUUUUUUUGCGAUAGGAAAAUUAAAAACCAAGAAAAUCGAAUUAUUUGUUCCCAGUUUAAAUCGAACAUUGAAACAGUUAAAGAGUUCGGAGAAGUUUUAUUUUCUGGAGGGAAAAUGUUCUUACAUGUUGGAAACAAGCUCUUUGUUGUAACAGAUGACAAUUCUGUGCGUGAAGUGCUUCAGGGUGUGGACAGUUGUGUUGGACAUUCGUCUGGAAGUGGGAUCCUUUUUAUUAGCAAUGAUAGGUCAGCACUGAAGCUUUACUUACAUAACGGAAAAUGUAUGCCUUUGUUUUCGGUCCCACGGAUUUUUUUGGGGAAAAUACUAACAGUAGAAGAAAAUGAAAAAGUUGGUUUAUCUUUGCUAACUGAACAAUCUAGAAAUUGUAAUUACGAUUACAAAUUAUCAAUAUAUCGAAUAAAAGACAAUGCCCAAGCAGACAUUAUUUCGAAGGAAGAGAAUGUUAGUUCUUUCAGAGCAGCAGGUGCAAAACUUUGCGUUCUGCAAGACUCCAAGUCACAAAUCGCAAUCGUUAAUAGAUCAAAUGCGGUACAAGUGUACGAUCAACAAUUAUCAACUCUGUUUACUUACAAGGGAAAUAUUGAAAACAAUAUUUCAAUAAGUUCGUCAUUCUCAGUGGCAUCUGCAUGUCUGGAUCCAGUCGAUAACAUUUUAGUUGCGAACAAAAAUGAUUAUUCCAUUCACAUGUUGGAUAUUGCCGGUCAGUUUCUAAGAAUUGUUGUUUGGCCAGAAGAUGGCUUAACAAACUUGAAGUCUCUCUCAGUUGAUGGAGAAGGGUGGUUGUGGUGCUAUGGUGGGAAUGAUGAGGGAAGUUUCCUCCGUCUCCUCGAUUUUGAAUAUUUCAAGGCCACUGAACGAACCAAGCGGGCAUUGACUGAAACUGCAGAAAAUAUUUCUACUUUUACUUAA